AUGACUUUCAGAAAUUUACACGAACAAUCUCCAGGGGAUGUCGCUCCCGAUGUACCCAGCUACACAAACCCAGACUCUCGUGCCGCCGCUAUCGUCGGCAUGUCUAUUAGUGCACCUGGCGGUGGUGACUAUGGUCUUGAUACAGAAGAAUUUUAUGCUUUCCUCCAAAACCGAGGAUCCGCCAUCAUCACCGUUCCUGCUGACCGCUGGAAUGCGGAAGCCUUUCAUGGCACAGGGCCGGGAAAGAUCUCCACCACCAAGGGGGGGUUUAUUCCCGACGUUAGAUACGCCGAUCUUCAAGAGUUCGGUAUUACUCCUGUCGAAGGCUCCAUCAAGCAUUCACAGCGUUGCAGCGCAGUGGAAUUGAUUAUCGUGCUACAAAAACUGGAGUUUAUGUUGGCUCCGGUGAGUAGUCUGCUCGUUGAUUUUCCCUACAAUAGUAUUGACCGUCCGAGUGAAGCAUCCGGCGAAGGAACUGUGUUUAACAUGGAUAUCGCGCAGGCAGGACCGUACUACAUGACUGGAACGUCCAGCUCGAUCACCGCGAACAGACUGAGCUACGUAUUUGAUCUGCUCGGGCCUUCCCUGCCCGUAGACACUGCGUGCUCGUCCUCGUUGGUAGCCAUGCAUCUCGCCAUUCAAGCUAUACGCAACGGCGAAUGCGACCAGGCUGUAGUAGCUGGUGUCAAUGUCAUUCGAAGUACAAUUGAAUACGCAGCGUUCAGCCAGUUAGGCGUGCUCAGUCCUGAUGGCAUAUCCAAGUCCUUUGAUGAAGAUGGCAAUGGCUAUGCACGCGGUGAUGUCGCCAGCGCAGUUGUUAUAAAGCGCCACGAUCUCGCUGUCAAGGAUCACAACCGCAUUCACGCGACGCUCGUUGGCACCGCCCUGACAUCAUGUGGAUCCAUUAUGGGAUCCCUCACAACUCCAAGUGCUGAAGCGCAGGCUUCGGCGAUCCAGCUCGCAUACCAAGAUGCUGGUCUCGAGCCUCAUCAAGCAGACUUCGUCGAGCUCCACGGAACGGGCACACUUGUUGGUGACUCAACAGAGGCGAAUAGUGCCGGCGCCGUUUUUGCCGCGGGGAGGGAUGCCAAGGAGAUUCUCAUCGGAUCGGUGAAGAGCAACGUUGGCCAUGGUGAGCUAGGCGCGUAUAUGACCUCCUUGGUGAAGGUCGCAAUGAUGUUGGAAAGGAAGCAAGUCCUGCCUAAUGGCUACUUCAAAAAGCCGUCGUCUCGAAUUGAUUUCGAAAAGUUUAAGCUACGUGUUCCCGUGUCUGUCGAGGAGUUUGUACCUGGAAAUUCCCAACUUGGUCGGAUCGCGUCUAUAUCUAGUUAUGGAUUUGGAGGUGCACUGUCAUUGAAGGGAUGUACUACUCUCAGCGAAAAAUAUAAGGAAGAGUGCGCUGAAGUCGACCCUCUCGCCUUGUGCGAGCACCUGGGAAAUCGUGCGCGCCAACUCCCGUGGAGGUCCUUCGCAAUCGCCGAAUCCAUCGAGGCAGCAACAUUCCCCGAACCGGUUCUCGCGCCCAAACGUCCUCAUCCUGUCGUCUUCUGUUUCUCGGGCCAGGGCCCUCAACACUGGAAGCAAGGCCGGGAGCUGUAUAGCACCUUCAAGGUGUUCCGCGAUAGUAUCAAUGAAUGUGACAAGGUGCAUGCCGAGUACACGGGGGAGUCUUUCAUCGAGACGACGGGUCUUUUCAAGACCGAUGCUCCCAAGGACUCUGGACUGGCCACGAGUUUGAUAUGGCCUUCCGAUAUUACCUCUAUUUCUCUCACCUUCUUCCAGAUUGCGCUCUUCGAUCUCUUAAUUUCUUUGAAUCUCAAGCCAGAUGUGAUUGUGGGGCACUCAGUUGGAGAGACAGCAGUCUUAUAUGCUUCAGGCGCAGUCCCCCACAGUAUGGCCGUCAAAAUAGCGAUCGCUCGUGGAAAGGCUCUUGCCAUGGUUGAUAACACGGGCGGCGGUAUGGUGGCUGUUUCUGGGUGUGACGCAGAGAAAGUACGCGAUCACGCGGAAAUGGCAGUUACACUCGCUGGGCUGGGUCUCGAAUCGGCGGAUGAGCCCCAGCUGUUCCUUGCGUCAUUCAACAGCCCUACAGAUGUAGGCGUAUCUGGUUCCGAGAAACAUCUAGAGGCAUUUGCAAGUUUCAUCGAGAGAUGGGUGGGCGAUGUUGUCGCUCGCAAACUUCGCAUCAAUACCGCUGUCCACUCUCCUUUCGUCGAUCCCUGCGAGUCGCAAUACCGCCGCGACCUGGCUGAUAUUUUCGCAGAGUAUCCAGGUCCCCAUAUACCCAAGAUUCGGACGAUGUCCACUGUCACUGCUGAGUUCAAAACAGACUCGUAUACACCCGAUUAUCUAUGGAACAAUCUCCGCCAACCCGUGCUUUUCUCUUCCGCGAUCCCUAAAAUACUUGAGAGUCUUGGGGAAUCAACCACAUUUGUUGAAAUUGCCCCCCAUCCAGUCUUGUCCCCAUACCUCAAGCAAAUGGGUGCCCCUAGUGCUCUCGCCGGCAGCAGGCGUCCACCAUCUGCUCGCCAUGUGAAACCUGGAUCGAGCGCUUUAGUUGAAGUCCGCACAUUGCUCGAAGUUGUAGGAUGUUUGCUGUUGGCUGGUGUCAACAAGAUCAACUUCUCGGAGCUUACUGGAUGUCCAGAAAUGAACAUCGAGGGCCCCUCAUAUCCAUUCCAGCGCAAGCUAUGGCGCUUCGGCAUGGAUGAACCAUCAUAUAUCUGUAACUUACUACCCGCUGAAAGGCCUUUGAAUUCGACCCGGCUACGCGUCAGCCCAAUUAUGCCUGAGCCAUGGAUGGGCCACCAUGUCAUUGAUCAUACCAAUCUUAUUCCCGCGGCUGCCUAUCUAGAGAUGGGCAUGGAGUUCCCCGGCGUUACUCAUCUAUACGACUGCCGUUUUGAGACUAUGUAUGUCCUGGACGAGUCAGGACCACCUGGAACAUUAGAGGUUUCCCGACAGGGGAACUCCUGGUGGGUGAAAUCAUCUUCUCAGAUGAGCAAUCUGCUGGGGGACAGUGACAAGCAGUGGACGAGGACUGGUCCUUCUUUCGAUACUCUCCACUCUUACGGCAAGUUGGGUUAUGGUCGUCCUGAAUUGCAGUCAGAUGCGAUCACACAAGUCGAUCUCGAGGAGGUACUGUCUCGCUGCCCCUACACGUUCGGUCACGACGCCCUCUACCAAGAAUUUGAUGGCCUGGCACAAUUUGGUCCUGAGUUCAGACGAAUUUCGAAAGCGUCGUGCAAUGAGAAGGAAGUUGUGGCAUAUAUCAAGGGUCACGUGGACGGCCUGAAUCGUACAGAUUUUGCUUUUCAUCCUGCUCUCUUAGAUGCUGUCUUUCAGGCGAGCCUUCCAUGGAACUUUAUUGGGGACAGGUUGCGUCUCGGCGGCCAGAAUGGCCAGCUACUGCUGCCACACUCUGUUCGCCGCAUAUUCCGCAACGACGGCAGUACCGCUCCACUGGUUUUGCCUGAUGAAUUUAUAACUUAUGCCGUCCUGCACGAGUGGUCGCCUCAGAAGCGGCUAAUGAGCUGUUACAUCUUAGCUGAAGAUCAGUCGGUCAUAUUUACCGUGGAAGGUCUUUGUUUUGCGCUGGUCCAACGUGACGAUAAGUGGCCAAGUGAGCACUUCAAGAUGUUCUGGCAACCUCGAGACUUGCCGCUGUCGCACCUAGAAGGCUCGGUUAUUCUUCCUGGUCCACCACCGCAUUCCGAUGCUUCAGAGUUACUGCACGUUCUGGAUCAACUCGCUAUACAGUUUACGAAGAAGACAAUAGGCGCUCUACCUCACGACUUUGCAUCAACUUUACCUGACCGCAAGCGCUACUUGGCUUGGGCAGAUGCGCUAGCUACUAAGUUUGAUGGGGACAAUGCUGAUGCGCCGGUAGUCCCUGUUCAUCUUCAAGAAAAGUACAAGUCAUUGUUCGAGCUCACUCGGAGGGUUGGUACCGGGCAAAAAGACAUUAUAGCUUCGUCAACUGCCGCCGUUGAGCUGCUUUUCAGUGACGACGUCAUGAGCAAGAUCUACGAACAUCCACCUUUCAUUGGCUCCAUAUUCGAUGAGACCACGUCGCGUUUCGUCGACCUCGUCACCAAUGCACUGAAUGCUGGAAAGCAGGUUGUCCGAGUCCUUGAGGUUGGAGCAGGAACCGGGAGGUUAACUGCACUGCUCGGGCGAGCUCUCUUGGAAGCUUCCCUGCCUGAAGGCUGCUACGUUGACUAUGUCUGCACUGAUGUCAGUAUUUCGCUCGCACACGAGGCCACAGCGAAGUCCCCUUGGCCGACGGUAGCCGCCAAAGCCUUUGAUCUGAACGUCGGUGUCAGCGAACAAGGCCUAGACCCCUGUAGUUUCGAUAUUGUGGUCGCUUUUGAUGUUCUGCAUGCUACUCCUGACAUUCACGAGACUUUGACGAAGCUGCGAUACCUUCUCUGUCCUGGUGGUCACAUUGCUAUCUUGGAAUUGGACGGUGGUUGUUUCGCUUCCAAUGAAACGGGCACAAUUUGGAUGGAUUUCAUCUUUGGGUCGUUCCAGGAGUGGUUCGGUGUUGUGGACCAUCGCGUUGGGUCGACGCACUGUACAUUGACUCCAUCGCAGUGGAAAGAUGCCCUAGCGGAGACCGGGUUUUCGGACACCCUUCUCUUCACUUCGGACGGUGGCGCGGUAUCCCACAUGGCCUUCAUCAGUCAAUGCUCUUUCUCGCUUCCAUCCAGUAUCUUAUCAUCGGCGACACCCAGUCUCGAUUCCAGCGAGCUCAGUUCCCCCCUCUCUAGCCCAUUAUCGUUAUGUUCUCCAACGCAGGACUACGACCAAGCGGCCGUAGCCUCACCUCCAUACUCGAACGAGGCUUUGGCCAUUUGUGAUCAGCAAUUCCAGGGCGAUGAAAAAGCAGAAGACAUUGUGCCGCUCUUCAGUUGGAGCAGGUCAGAUGACUCGGAAUCUGGUAGUACCCGUGCAGUGCUCCGACACUUCACCGCAGGAGGGGAAGUUGCACUUGUCGACUUCAUUUCAUCGUUGGAUUCAACAGAUCCACAGCUCUUUUGGCUUUACACCACUACGUCCCCGAGCGAUGCAGCCGCAGUUGGACUAGUGAGAACUCUCCGUCAGGAAUACCCAGCCUGGAAGAUUCAUCUCGUCUUGUUUCCCGACUCGUGGACAGUGGAAGCGCAAGAGGCUUAUGUACAUGCGCAGCUUCUACCGUUACCGUGGGUGGACUCGGAAGUGAUGAUCGAUCAGGACGGGAAGAUGCACGUGCCGCGUCUAGUGAAGGCCUCUCCCGCCUCUCGCCAGGAACUCCGGGGCUCUAAUCCUGUCCAAUUCCGAGGUUCCGAUGUUUGGCGAGCGUAUCCAGCGGAGAUUGGACCGACUGAUGCUGAAGUAUCUGUUCACUACAUUGGAUUGUCUCCGGCUAUGUCUGGGUGGACCGAGUUUGCUGGAGUGGUAACAGCCAUUGGCUCUGAUGUACUUGAAAAGGAUCUGGUCGGGCGAAGGGUAUACGGUGUUACCUCGUCUGACCCCGGGAGUACUAUUGUCUGCGAUCGCUCCAAGCUUGCAUUCGUUCCACAAGACAUGGAAACAGCACUAGCCGCUGCUUUGGUUGGAAGGCUUACGUUUUUAUCGCUGGUCGUGGUUGAUGCUAUCGGCGUCUCUUCGAAGAACGCCAAAAUCCUCCUUCACGCCGGCCACUGUUCACCGGCCGCGCUCGCGACGUACGCCUACUUGAAUACCAACUCCUUCGACGUUGUUGUCACUGUCAGUGAUGCGCCAUCAUCCACCCACACGUUCACGCAGUCCCCAUUGUCGUCCUCCAAGUCCUAUGCUUGGUCAUCUUGUGUCCGUGACUGGGCUCCACAAGGCAUAGAUAUCGUAUUCAAUUUUGACGAGGAUAUCGAUGUGGCGAAGCAGACGCUUUCCAUGCUUUCUCCCCGGGGCAGAUUUGUUCAGAUUGGAGGAGAGCUACCUGGCUCUCUUCCUGCCGGCCGCUGUUACGUCUCUAUCGAAGAGCAUGUCGUUCUAGAAGCUGGUAAUGACCUCGAUCGCAAAGGCGCAGUCUUUGAGGCCGCUCUUCUUGCUACCCUCACCCCAACCAUGGAUAUUUACAGCCUACCACAACUCAUGGCCGCCGGUGCCGAAGCGCGCAAUCCAACAUCAGACCGUGUCGCUGUGGUCGACCUGCAGGCGAUUUCCCCGGAGCUUCCCGUGUUGAAAGGCGGAAUGUUGAAAGGGACAGCUGUUUUCAAUCCUCGAGCAUCCUAUGUGAUUUUGGGUGGUAUCGGCGGACUGGGUGUCAACAUUGCUCGAUGUUUGGUGGAAAAUGGUGCUAGACACUUGAUUUUGACUUCGAGAUCUGGAGAGAAGGGGAUCGCAACUACGCAACUAGUAUCCGAGAGAAAGAUUAUCAAUUAUCUUCGAGGAAUACCUGGAGUAACGGUUGAUCUCCGGGCAGUAGACGUUCUCGACGCUGAGAAGACUAAGGACCUGUUUAUGAACCUGGAGCAUCCAGUCGCCGGGGUAUUCUAUUUAGCUGUCAGGCUCAACGACCAGAUCUUCUCGAAUUUGAAGACGGAGAAAGACUGGAAAACUGGCAAUUUACGACGUCAAGAUCAAGGGAGUCGAAAUUCUCCUGCAAACGGUCAAUCCGCAGUCACUGGACUUCCUUGUUCUCACGAGUUCCAUGGCGACUGCCAGGCAAACUAUUCGGCUGCCCAGACCUACAUGGAGACCAUGGCAGCAGCACUUCCCAAUACCGUUGCCAUCACAGUGCCCCCUAUCACCGAUGGAGGUAUAUUUGUUCGAAGUCUGCCUCCGGGUGACGCACGUAAUGCAGCCCUGGACAAGUACAAAUCCCUUGGAAUGUCCGGUUACCUUGUCGCGCAACACUGUGUGAAUGCUAUCUGGACGCUUAACUCCGAUGCCUAUAGUGCUGUCUAUAUUCCUCCUACUGACUGGAGUGAAAUCAUGCAGCUUGGCAUACCUGAAUACCACCUGUCGUCUCUUCGGCACUUGCUGAUCAAGCAAAACGUUCAGACUGCCAUAGCGGCUGAGGAGUGGUCCAUUCGGGCGGCGUGCGCAUCGGUGCUGGCCCUUAAUGUCAAUGAGAUCGCAGACAAUGUCCCACUUUCAAGUUAUGGUCUUGACUCGCUGACCUCAGUUCGAUUGAGUGGGAUUCUCAAGACCGACUUCAAUGUUUCCGUGACUCAGCUCCAGCUUCUCGGAAACAGUAUGACUGUCCAACGACUGAUGGGUUUGCAAGAGGAGACGAAAGCUGAUUCAUCUUCAGCAGUGGUAGGGACCACCAACAAGGAUUCGCUUGACGUACAGGGAGCCGAAGGUGUCCACCAUGCUGACAUGGACAAGACGAUCGUUCGGUUGAACAACGUCACCGACGGACAGCCUUUGUUCAUUGUACACGGCGCUGGCGGCGGCGUCCUUGUUAUGCUGAAGACUGCAGAAAUGAUGUCUUGUCCUGUUUAUGGUGUCCAGGACACUCCGGAGGCGCCCAUCACUGGAACCCUCGACAGACUUUGCAAGUUCUACCUGGAGAAGAUUCGAGAGAAGCAACCCAAAGGCCCCUACCGCCUCGGGGGUUUCUCAUUCGGCACUUAUGUUGCUCUUGUCAUCGCACAGCAGCUGCGGGAAGAAGGGGAGACCGUGGAGAUACUCGUGAUGAUUGAUGGGUCACCAGCGAUAUUUGUUAACUUUGCCAAGAAGAUCAACAUGAGCAAUAUGCGAGAUGAAAUCAUGGUCCUUAUCCGUGAUAUUGCCACUAGCGGGACGCUGGAUAAUGGCGAGGAGCUUACCGCUAUGUUCGAGGACCAUUUCAAGCAAAUUUCGCAGGGCGGCUCUAGUGGCAAAUUCGUGUCCCAGUUCGGUCGCGCAUACGUCUCACACGUCCUCAUGGCAGUCCGUGCUUGUAUAACAGCAGUACUAGAGGAGCGAGCCGGGAAGAUUGUUGACCCUGUAUGGCCUGCUGCGAAAACGGUCGUUAUCGCUGCGGAGGAUGGCAUUCGUCGUCAAUCCGCGUCGGAAGGUCUUUCUCCUGCUUUCGACGUAGACUUACGCGCCCCAGAUGCAGAGUUAUACACGCUGCCGGGAACGCACUUCGGUGUUCUCCACCCCCAGUCUGGACUCCCUCAGCUUCUCGAACAGGUGUUGAUGUUGCCAGUGUCGCAUUGA